ACAAAUGAGAGAUAAGCAUAUCAGAUCUCUUCGAUCAUCCUGCAGAUCUCUAUUCGACCGCGGCGAACCAGUGAACCGCCACUUCGCCCAUCCAGGCUCCAGCCCCGCACCGCGCGAGUGCACAACGUCGCCGGAACCGGAGAAAGUGAGGGGGAGCUGGAGAUGGACAAGGACAAUAGGCUCCGCGCCCGAGCGGGGGAGAAGGCGUCCAAGAGCAGGAGCCACGGGUCCACGGCGCUGUUCGUCGCGGUAGACUACGCCUUCCUGCUCGCCUUCGCCGGCUUCCUCGCCUACCUCGUCGGGUCGCGGAUCCUCCCCUCCGCCGUCAGCUUCGUCUAGACCGGCCCGCGUUCGUGGAUCUCUCUCUUUUUUCCUUCCACUUUUUUUUGUUGUUGUUGUUUGCUUGGAGCCAAUGGUGGCGAGAGAACCGAGAUCUUGCCGGCCGGGUGGUUCUCGUUUCGAUCUGAUUGCCGCUCAUGCGAUGUAAUCCGACCGCAUUUUGACGAGAAGAGAACUAGCGGUGCUUCUUGGCAGUUCGCUUGGUAAUGAGACAAAUCUUUGCCUGUUCA